AUGGACUCCGCCGCACACCUCACCCAAAAGCUCCUCGCAGAACGAGCACGCAAUCGACAGCAACACCAACAACAACAACAAGACCCACCACCGCCCUAUUCCGAGUCCGACAACGACGCAGACCCCGACUCCGACGACGAAGAGGACGAAGAAGAAGGAGAAGAUUACGAAUCCCCCAUGAAACUCGUCAUCAACGCGACAAACACCAUCAAGGGGUCCAACAACCUCGUCCCGACCAACAACCCCAGUCCCCUCGCGGAUGCUUCCAAGUUCAGCACCCUGCUUCUGCAUGCCAUCAAGCAGAUCGAUGCUGCCAACGCUGCGGACUCUACCAAGCCGAAUCGAGGACUGAAGGUGGAUUUGACCAUCAAUUGUGGUAUAACGGUCAUCGGUGAUCGGAACGUCGUGGGAAAUGUGGGCUUGAAGCCCAAAGGUGCUAGCGCAGGAUCAGCAUCAGCAUCAGCUUCCACGGCUGUCGUUGCGGGCGCAAAGAGAAAAGCGGAAGACGGCGUGCCUUCAGAAGCCGAGCCGGCUGUGAAGAAGGUAUCAAUGGGCGAAGACGACCACGCGUGA